UGUUGGAGAUAGUUGUAGAACACAUAGAGAAUGUGGAUUAAAUAAAUUAUGUGAUGGAAGUCAAUGUAAACAAGUACCUCAAGGAUCACCUUUUGAAUUUAGCACUUUUAGUAAGUUUAGUAGUUGGAAAUUUAUUUUUCUUAAGGAAUAAUGGGGGAAUGAGAGUUGGGAAAUUAAUUUGAAGUGUGGUAAUAUUUCUUUAAAUAAAAUAACCACUUGUAGCAGUUCAUUAUUUCAUAUAAAUUUAAUAUCAACAUUUAAUUAUUUAUUUUUAUAAUUGUGUACUGUAAAUCCUCCAUCUGGAUGUGAAGAAACGAGAGGAAUGGAGGAAUGUAGACCAGACCCAGAUCCUUCCACAAAUAGAGGUGUUUGCCUCAAAAAGAGUUCAGAUCCUGCAGCUAGAAAACAACUUGAUGAAUUAACAAAAAAAGGUGGAGGAAUUGGUGGUGGUAUACUAACAUAUGGAGUUAAAGAAGGAGAAGCUUGUACAAAAGGAAUUACUCGUUGUGAAACACCUCUUUAUUGUGACGGUGUUUGUAAAAAGACUUGGAAUUUACGUAAUGAAGUUAGUGGACAUAGAAUACCUCCUCCACCUGGUGAUCCAAAUUGCAGAGAUUCUUUAGAUUCUGACGAAGUAGAUGAAAGUAAAACAAAAUGUAAUGAAGUAGAGGAACUUUGUAAUGUAAUUAUUUAUGUCCAAUUAAUGAAAGAACAAUGUCCAAAAACUUGUGGAUAUUGUGAUGAUCCUAGUUUAACUUUAAUUGAUUAUGAUAAUGAAAUUGAUGAGGAAGAGGAAGAAAGUUAUGAAAGUGAGGAGAGUGAUGAAAGUGAAGAAGAAAAGAAAAGAAAAUAG